AUGCCUAGAGAAUUUUUGUCUCCGCACACAGAUGGCCCGAACCAAGUGGACAUCACCAGAGGGCUGGUGUCUGAGGUGGUCAGCUUUGUGGAGGUGGAGUUCACCAGCCUGACCCUGUGUUGCUGGGCUGAGUCUCAGCCGCCCGAGUAUCACUGGACCUUUGAACACUCAACCAUGAUGUAUGCAGGACAGUUGCUCAUCAUUGAGGUCCUGUCCCAGAAACACCAGGGGGUCUACAGUUGCACGGUCUCCAACCCUCUGACACACCUGACCGCCUCUGUCCUGGUCAGAGCAAAAGGUUCCCAGUCGUCCCUGUCAACAGGGAUCUUGGCCGGCAUUGUCAUUGGGAUUGUGGUUAUCCUCACCCUGGCCACAGGGCUGGGCUGCUUCCUCUACUUCAGAAAUACCAGAAGGUCCUCAAGGAAAACAACAGAGGAACCCAUCCAUGAGGCUGUGACACCCACCUCUAAGAAGGAGCAUGCUGCUGAACCCAAUUCUUGUGACUCUGUAGUUGAAGCCCAGGGCAGCUCCCCAGGUAUGGAAGAAGAAGUGACCCAUGGCCUCCGGGGGGACUGGGACAGGUUCUAG